GGACAAUGCGAGCUGAUAAAUGGAGUUCCAUAUGAACUAAAUGAGACUUACAAUGUAUGGAGUAUGCAGCUUGAAAACUCAUACUUCUUGGGCUGCUUUUACGAUAAAAAAACUCGUGAUCUGGCAGGAGGUUUUUUAACAGACAGUAGUAUGACUGUUGAACUUUGCCUUCAAUAUUGCAAUGAAAAAGGUUACAUGUACGCUGGACUUCAAUAUUGGAAAGAAUGUUAUUGUGGUAACACCUUUGGGAGAUACGGAGCAAGUCCUCAGAGUGAAUGCAAGUUCAAAUGUAGUGGAAAUAACGCUCAAACAUGUGGAGGAUUGAGUAUAAACAGUGUACACAUGAACAUCAGUCAUUUUUAAACAGAUUGAACAUACAACUUUAGUUGUAGGUAAUAUUUCAAAUAAAUGUGACAGUCGUUGAAGUAUGGAUUUUAUAGUGUGCAA